AUGUCCCUCGGGGACUUCUUGGGCGAUCAGUCGCUGGGCUCCUGGGCCGAUGAGAUGGAGGACCUCCCCGUUUCCGGUCCCAGCGCUGGCUAUGGUGGCAGCAGACCUUCCUUUGGUCCCUCGGGUGGUAGCUUCGGUGGCGGCUUUGAACGCGGCCCUGACCGUGGCGGCUACGCGACCCGCGAGGAACUUCCUCUUCCCACCAAGCCCCCGUAUACUGCCCAUCUGGGCAACCUCUCCUUCGACGCAACUGAAGGUGACAUCCAUGAUUUCUUCAUGGAUUGUGACGUCACCAGCGUGCGCAUUGUCGAGGAUAAGCUGGACCGCAAGCCGAAGGGUUUUGGAUAUGUCGAGUUUGGCACUCUGGACGGUCUCAAGAAGGCCCUCGCCCUCAGUGGAACCCAGUUCCAGGGCAGGAACAUCCGCGUGAGCGUUGCUGAGCCGCCCAAGGAGCGCAUGGAGACGCGUGUGUUCGACGACUGGACCCGCAAGGGCCCUCUUCCCCCUCUUGCCGGCGAGCGCUCCCGUGGUGGCGGUGGCGGCGGCUACCGCAGCUUCGAUUCUGGUGCAUCUGAUGCGGGCAGCGAGCGUGGCGGACGCACGACGAGGGACUUCGGCUCCUGGGAGCGUAAGGGACCCUUGUCUCCGGUCAACCCUCCUCCCCGCGAGCCUCGCAAGACGUCUCCUUCCUGGGGUGAAGGCCGUUCUGAAGACUCCCGCCCGCCUCGCCGCGAGUUCUCUGAAACCCGCCCCCCGAGAGAGCCCACUGCGCCUGAGCUCGACAACUCGUGGCGUGACAGGAUGCGCCCUGUCGAGACGCUCAGGUCCCCAACUGGCACCCCUGAUGCCAGCUCGCCCUCUUCCCCUGUUGCUAAGCCUGCCGCUCCUGCCGGUGGCCGCCCUCGUCUGAACCUCCAGAAGCGUACCGUCUCGGAAACUCCGGCAGCACCGAGCUCGUCCGCCGCUGGUGGUGAUGCCAAGUCCAGCCCGUUCGGCGCCGCGCGCCCAAUUGACACGGCGGCAAAGGAGAGGGAAAUUGAGGAGAAGAGACAGCUUGCCCUGCGCCAGAAGAAGGAUGCCGACGACAAGGUUCGGGAGGAAAAGCGUGCCAAGGAGGCAGCUAAGGCUGAGAAGGAGGGUGAGAAGGAGAACGGCGCUGGCUCUCCUCCGCCGGGCUCGAACUUUGAUGUCCUGGGACAAGUGGACGAGAGCGCUGAGGCCGCCACCGACGAGAACGCAAACGGAACGAUUGUCGACGAUAAGGCCGUCAAGCCGAAGGAAGUCGUUCGCGAAGCGAAGCCGGUGGAGCAGUCUUGGAGGCGCAAGGAAUCUGCUCCUGCUGCAGAGACAGCAUCGACCUCCCAAGAUCUGGAGGAUGAUGGCUGGAGCACGGUGCCGUCCAAGGCCAAGAACAACCGCAGGGGUGGUUCUCGGGCCAUCGCCUCGUGA